ACUAUGCAUGCUCGUAUAUGUUACAUGAAAUGAUGAGUUCGAAUGUGUUAAUAUGACUUUGUAAUGAUAUGACUAUGUGAUGCUACGACUCGAUGAAUGCUCAUGAAUUUAUGAAUAUGUAUGUUUAUGAAGUAUGGUUAUAUGAAUUAUGGAUCUAUUAUGAUUUUUGGGUGUUGUUUGGAAAUAUGAAUAUGUGCAAGUUUGUAAAAGUGUAUGGUUCUGCUAGCUUAGCAUUAUGAACUGAACUGACAAAUGAGUAAGUUACAUGUGGAGGAAUUUGUUACGAUAUACGAACGAACACGGACCAAGAGGGUCAUAUGAUGAAGUUAAUGCCAUGUCCAAAGCGUGUACUUGCCAAUGAACUAUGAUCACGUAAAUGUUCCCUGUCAGCAGACUAUUCAAUGAGAAUAUUUUCUGAUAGUAUUUUCGAACAAUUACCAAUAUAACGUGAUAUAUGUCUAUGUAUGAAAAUGUCUAUGCAUGAAAAUGUUUAUGAACUAACAUCGUUUUUACGGGCUGGAGUAAAGUUACUGAGUUUUCAACUCAUUUUAGGUUAUUUUCUGUGUUUUCUCUUUUUUUUUUAUUUUAUGAAAUCAUUCAGGUAUUAUGAAGAUAGAUCAUGAUAAGUUAUAUGAAGGAUACUCCAGAAAGGUUGGGUUGAAGCGACUUUGUAUAUUAUUUGGGUUACCUAGAAUUCCCUAUAUUUUUGGGUAAUAAUUAUUGCAUAAAGAUGAUCAUUUGUAUGACUAAGAGGUCAUUUUAAGCUAUCAUUUUAUUAGUGGACCAUAACCCACAGGCUUAAAUUAUGUUUUUGCUGACGAUUAAGGUUGUGUAAUUUGUCGGGGCGUUACAAAAACAACAACGGACGUUUGUUACUUGACCAAAAAUGAUCUAUUUGGCUGAUGGUUUGUAUCAAACAAAUAACUCCAUUAACCUUGUUAUCCUUAUUUUCUCGAGCAAAGAUAGAAAUGAUGAGUUAUGAGGUGAAGGCAUGUUCUCUUCACAUUAUUUUUUUUUCUAAACUUCUUUGGACUUUUCUUAUUUUUCUGUACUUUCUAAACAUUUCUUAUUUGUUUCCUGAAAUUUUCUUAUUUUUUCAAACUUUUCUUAUUUCUUCCUAACUUUUCUUAACUUUGUUCAACUUUUCUUCUUAACUCUUAAGCUAAUGUUAUUUUUUCUGCACUUAUCCAACUUUUUUGAAAAUAAGCAAAAUAUAAGGUGAAGUAAACAAAUUCUAAAUCUAUAGAAAAAUAAAUCCUGUAUAAUUCUUUUCAUGUAUAGAGAAAUAACUAUUCCUAAAUAUAUAUCCUUCAAAACCCUUAGAACAAAUACAUUUUGAAGCCCACGAACAACUCCUGAGUGACAUAUAGCCACCAGAUCCCUAAUAACAAAACACUGUAACUUUUUUUUAGGGGACAAAACACGGUUACUUAAUACCAGCACAGUGAGCAAAUCAUGCAAAGUAUCUCUCUUCAAGAUUCUAAGUUAGAUUGUAAAAAAAAAAAGUUCUAAGCUGAUUUCCUUUAGACUAGGACUCUCUUUAAUUUCUCUCUCUAUGACUCUAUAUACUAUCUAGGACUAAAACGUUUCAAAUUUAAACUUUUACUUGGUAGUUAGUUAUCAGUAAUCUUCUUCUUCUCGUCCAUUCACACUAUAAAUCUAUAAUAUCUCAUUACUUAUCAAACUUUGCCAUUUCCAAACUCCAGCUUCAACUAUCUAUUUUAACCUAUGAUUUUUAUGUACAUCAUCCACUAUAUAUGAUGACAAUAAAAGGAGGUGCAAGUCAAGCUUGUGCAGCAUGCAAGUAUCAAAGGAGAAGAUGUGCUCCAAAUUGUGUACUUGCACCUUAUUUCCCUGCUGAUAAGCCUAAGAUGUUCCUAAAUGCGCAUAGAUUGUUUGGAGUAUGCAACAUAAUGAAGAUACUUAAACAAUUAGGAGAUGAACAAAAGGAAGAAGCAAUGAGAUCUAUCAUAUAUGAGUCUGAAAUGCGCCAUAGAUUUCCUGUGUUGGGUUGUUCUUUAGUCAUAUCGCAACUUAGAGAACGAAUUAGACAGCAUGAGGAGGAGCUUUAUUGCACGAACGCGUGGCUCGCAAUAUUGCGAAACAAAGAACAAUUUGAUGCUGGCCAGAUCGCUGAUCUUUCUCAGCAAUUUGCUUCGCAAUUUCAACUGAGUCUGAGUGCAAAUCAAAGUGACCAUCCUUAUGAUCAGUCUAAUAUUGACAUGUAUUUGAAUUCUAAUCCAUUUUUUGUGGGUGAUAGGGAUGUUGUUGGGUAUGGUGAAUCAAGUGAUGUGAAGCCGUUUUGGAUUCAACAGCAGCAGAUACUACAACAACAACAUGAAGUUAAUAACUUUUAUAUGAAUAAUUUGAAUAUUAAUGCUUCACUUGAAAUGAAACCGUUAAUGAUUUCACAAGAGUUGCCUCUUCAACAAGAAAUUGAGGUUUCUCAUGAUUAUGAUGUUCAUACUAUUGCUGAUGAUCCACAAUCUAAUAUUGAAUCCAAGGAUGCUUGUCAAUCAAGCGCUGAAUCAAAGAUGAAGAACGCAAUAGCUAUAGAUACAUUGUCUCAAAACUAUGAACUCAAAAGUGCUGCAGCAUGUUUUAGCCUUAGCAAACGUUAAUUAGUGGGAUGGGCGAGGACACAACAUGGUCUCAUAUAUAUUUUACUUAAUUAUUCUUUUCUUACUCAUCAGUAUAAACUUUUGAAUUCCUUGAUUUCUUUUCCCACAUUCAAUAAUGUAGUACUCAAGGUCAAUAUACUUAUUAUAUACUCCAUAAAUUUAUAUAAUUUUAUUUGUUUUCAAAGCAAAUCUUCAUAUAGUGAUGUAUUCUUAUUUUAUAAACUAGUUUUUAUACCCCGUUGAGAGAAUAUGGGUAUAUAAUAUAUUGGAUCAAUAUUUGUUUAAGUGAAAGUAUUGGGUCAGACCGUCUGACCAAUGCUUAUUGUCAGACGGGCUGACGGCGCCACCGCUGACGGCGGCAUUGAUAGUUUGGACUUAGUCGGAAAUCAUGGAGAUUAGUGAAUUAUUGAAUUUGCAAGUAAAUCAUUAUGUUUGCAUAUUCAACUACUGGAAUGUUUUUCAUUAUUAUCCUUCUUGAGUAAGAAAAUGGUCUUCCUUCAGAAACACUGUAGCUGUUCGAUGCAUAUGUGACAUUAGUUAUGUAAUUCAAACUCUGGAAUGGUGGAAAAUUCAAUUGUUUUUCAUGGCCACGUAAGGAAUUGUUGUCAAUAGCCCCUUAAAAUGUAAGUGUAGUUUUUCUGUGGGUUGGAGAAUUUUUCGAGGGGAGGGGGAUCUUCCUCUUUGCUGACCAUGGUUAUUUGAUCUUCAUUCUUUCAGAUGGUUGUUUUAUUCUUUCAGUUCGUUGGUAUAUUCUUUCCGUUGGUUGGUUUAUCCUUUCAGUUGGUUCCUUCAUUCUUUCAGUUGGUUCCUUUAUUCUUUCAGUUGGUGUGUAAAUUCUUUCAGUUGUUUUCUGUGUGUGACGUCCGACGAGAAUAAUUUGUCAGACGAGUCUGACACAAUACCAACUC